AACCCCAAUCAUAAAAUGUAAUGUUUAUUUUGCCCAUUAAAACAAACAUCUGUAUACUCCUACCAUUCAGGCAACUGCUAGCUACAGACGAUAACACCGCUCUAUAUCGCUAUAGGACGGAACCAAUGAACUAUCAAUCAAUCAACCGGUGUUUUCGAUAUUUACAGUGAUUUUUCCUGUUCGCGAGGCCGUUCGCCGGCUUGGUAUAGGCUAGAGGCCCAGCUGAACCCCUUUCGUGAUUAAGUUUCGGUUUAUUAUGGGACAUCAAUUUGCGACUACGAUGGUGGGUGACUUCUUGGAUCAUGUAAAGCAGUAAACAGAAACUACAUGUCCGCAAACAAUAGGCCCACCCAUAAAAGUCAAUUCGGGGUUUGCGCUCCUUACAACCACAAUAAAUAAGUCAUAAAAGAAAAUUCGUUUAGCUCUUGUUUCCUUUUUUUAUUGAAGGUAAGGGUUACUGAAGGGGUUAGUAGUUUGGGCGAGGUAGUGAAUUCAUUCUUAACAUUCUUAACGGUAUAACCAACCAGAAACCACUCGAUGGGGAAAUUUUCUCGGUUCUUCCGGUUUGGAAGUAAAGUUUCGCUGAGGCCAAUCAGUCAGCUGGUUCGUGUUGACGGGUACAGUUCACAGCCCAGUAGGAUUUGAGAAAGCCUUUCAAGAGAAAGCUAUUUUAGAUAAGUUGAACGUUGUUAAAUCAUUACCAUAGGUAUUAGUCGAAAAAGGCGAUUACAUAUGGAUCACAGCGAAUUUAAGCGACUGUUGGAGAGAGAAGGCCGGAAAGAGUACCAGUUGAUACUGAGAAGGUGUAAUGAUUUUGGUUUCGAUUAUGUCAUCAAACGACCGCCUCAAGCCAGGAUAUGUUUCGGCUCGACCAUCCAGAGAGAAGCGGUUCCUUUGAAGGGUCCCGCCUUGAGCUCCAUCAUGCGCCGCACUAUGCCCGAAGUGAGCGGAGAGAAUCUGGCCCCCGGAUCGUACAACAUCACCUACUAUGACAAACCAUCCCAUCCGGUGCUGCAGAAGGUGUGCAGCAAACGUGGAUAUGGUUCCCUAUCCGCCACCACGAUCCGUUUCAAAUUCGACGAAGUCAGCAGCACACCGGGCAUGGGAGAGUACGAUACGACCAAGGUGAAACCGGUGAAGACCUCCAGCUAUCCUUUUGGGGUGAAGGUGCCACGAUGGAGAGAAAAGCCCAGCCCUGCUGUGCCAGGACCCGGGACCUACUCGUGCAAGCAAAGGAAAGACAUCCGACUGCAAUCGUUUGGGGGUAAAAUCAAAAUCAUUCCAGCAACGAUGACAAUCUGCAAGACGGACAACUUCGACAGGUGCUACCGUUGUGAUCAGACGCCGGAGGUGGACUACUGGAAGCACUUCAAGAGCGAUCGAAGCCUCUGCCGGAGGUGUAUGGAGAGGGAGAUCGACGACGCCAAGUACCGAUCGAAAACCAAAUCAGUCAUGGUGAACCGGUUGGCCGCACUCAAGGAGUUUCAGCGCAUUCGUCACUGUUCCUAUUACCACAAGCAUGACAAAACGACGGCGGCAAUCCAGUUUGUAAGCAAUCGGGACUUGAAGCGGAAAUUUAGAAUUGAAAAUUACUUGUCGAUGUAUGAAUAAACGAAAAAAAGUUGCGC